AUGAGUUCUACCAGUCCCAAGCCUAAGGUUGUUCACCUUGGAAGUAUCGACCAUGCGCAGGCAGCCUGGAGUGCAUUGAGUGAAAUUGCAGAGCUAGUUGAGUCAUCGGCAACCAACCGAGCCGAGUUCAUCCAAGAGUGCAAAGACGGCAAGCUGGACGGCGUUGUUGCGAUAUACCGAACAAUUGGCUCUGUGGCCCUAACAGGGCUCGUAGAUGAGGAGCUAUUGAAUGUGCUACCAAGCUCACUCCGAUAUAUCGCGCACUGUGGAGCCGGAUAUGACCAAGUGGACGUUCAUGCCUGCAGUGCACGUAACCCCCCAAUCCGGGUUUCCAAUGUCCCAACUGCAGUGGACGAUGCCACUGCCGACGUGAACAUGUUCCUGAUUCUUGGCGCAUUGCGCAACUUCAACGCCGGUAUGCACGCGCUGCGCGAAGGGAAAUGGCGUGGUAACCCGGCGCCUCCUCUCGGCCAUGAUCCCCAAGGAAAAGUUCUUGGGAUUCUGGGAAUGGGUGGUAUUGGACGUAAUUUGAAGAAGAAGGCAGAGGCCUUUGGGAUGAAGGUCAUUUAUCAUAACCGCCGCCAACUCAGUGAUGAGAUGUCUGCGGGUGCUCAAUAUGUUUCUUUUGAUGAGCUCUUGUCCACCAGUGACGUGGUCAGCUUGAACCUGCCAUUGAAUAAAAAUACACUCCACAUCAUCGGCAAAGCUGAGUUCGCUAAGAUGAAGGACGGCGUGGUGGUGGUCAACACUGCCCGCGGCGCUGUCAUGGACGAGGCUGCUCUAGUUGAUGCCCUGGAUAGCGGUAAAGUUUUCUCAGCUGGUCUCGAUGUUUUUGAGCAAGAGCCUCAGAUUCAUCCCGGGCUGCUCAGUAACCAGAAUGUAAUUCUGGUUCCCCAUAUGGGUACUUGGACGAGUGAGACAAUGCUUGCCAUAGAAGAAUGGACAAUUGGGAACAUCCGUAUGGCUCUUGAGGCUGGAAAACUGAAGAGCCCGGUCCCGGAACAGGCGGACCUUUAA